CACCCACUGACUGCCAGCAUGAGGCCCCUGCUGCUGCUGCUGCUGCUUCUUCCACUGCUCGCCUUGAUCGCCCGGGCCAAGCACUUCCUUCCUCUGGACUGCGCCGCCAUCCACAAGCGUAACACCAGCAACCCCAGCGGCGUGUACACCACCUACCCGGCAGGGCCCUUGUCCCCGCUGCGCGUCUACUGUGACAUGGAGAGCGGUGGUGGGGGCUGGACAGUGUUCCAGCGCCGACUCGACGGCUCGGUCAAUUUCCUCCGGCCCUGGGACACCUACCGGGCCGGGUUCGGCAGCGCCGACGGCGAAUUCUGGCUAGGCCUGGAAAACGUGUUGCUGCUGACCAUGCGGACACAGAACGAGCUGCGCGUCGACAUGGAGGACUGGGCGGGGAACCGGGCGCACGCCCACUACGCCACCUUCUCCCUCGAGCCUGAAGCGGCCGGCUACGAGCUGUCCCUGGGGCACUUUAUGGACGGGGAGGCAGGGGACGCUAUGAAGGGCCAUAAUGGCAUGAAGUUCACGACCAUUGACAAGGACCAGGACCGCUGGGAGAAGAACUGUGCCGCCAAUUACAUGGGCGCAUUCUGGUACAACAGCUGCCACACAGCAAACCCUAAUGGAUUAUAUAUACCAAAAUCCAAUUCACCAUAUGGAUCAGUGUACAACAGCUGGCAAACCUGGAAAGGGAACGGAUACUCUUUGAAAAGCAUCUCCAUGAUGAUGAGACCCGUAUCUCACUGUUCUCACACAACUGAUUUUUAAAGGUUGGCCUGUAUCAUACCUGUUGAUUUAUAACUGUCAUGACACGAUUUGUGAAACUUUUUUAAACAUAAAAACAAAUGUGUUGUAUGUGUGUAAAUCACCCGCGUUUUAUACUUCAUAGUUCAGACCACAUCAGCUGUCCUCCUACUCAUCUCUCAAUUCCCCUCAGAAUCUUUGCAGGCAAUAUUGGCAUUCGCCUUACAUUUCCCAAAUUUACUCAACAUCCACAACAUGGUAAAAUAACAAACGAGUUUCAAAAAUAGGCUAAUCAUGACGACAUGACCUGCAUCCUGUAAUGACUAUAAACGGAGCACCUAUUGCUUGUUUGGCUACGCUGCCGGGGCCACGUAUGAGCCAGUUUUCCCCUGAGGUCUUGGAUGUGUGUUUGUCUGACAACCAGGGUGAAAUUUCAGACCCUUCUGGUAAACAUUAACACUUGUUUAUGGCUUUAAGCCCGACAAACAGACAGAUGCAGACUCUGCUAACUUUCCACCGUCAGCCUUUGGGUAGAACUCACGGAGGAGGAGUCCAUACCAAAUGGAAUGGGGGGGUGCGGGCAGAGGUUGGGAUACAGGUCUUGCUGAUACAGAUAAGUGAUGCACCCCCCUUCUGGUGUCCUACAUGGACUUGACACACUUUCUGGGAGAGGAGAGCAGCGCUAUUUACAGAUACACUACUCCUUGCCAGGGUUGCAUUCCUUCAUGAAACACACAGUGAGGCAAGAAAACUGGGUCCCAACAUUCAGAUUUCAUUCAGUAAUUCACUCUAGAACUGAAUGGCCAUGAUGAUCUGAAAACAUGAAGAAACUUGAAAAUAAGGAAAUAGUAUGUAUCCAUAUUCGCGGCGGUAUGUGGUAGCAGUCACGUCACUAAUUCUCCCACAACUGCCAACUACCGGUGCACUGUGAUAAAAUAUCUCCAUAAGAGCAGAGUAAAUGCAGUAAACUACAUUGUACAGGUCUCACUACCAGUGAGAAUUACAAUCAGACAUAUUGGCAUUCCAGACAGAAUUUAGUAAGGCUUUUUUCCUUUCUGUCUGAAUUUGUUUUUUUGCCCCAGGGCCCUCCAAAAGUCAGAAAGUGGUGCCGCUUACCUGCCAAAGUGUAAUCCAUAUCAAAGCCAAAGGACUUGAUCUUCUCCAUCGCCAAACUUCUGUUCACAAAAACCCUGAGGAAGUAAACAAUUAUUGUCAUCAGGCAUUGGUCUUGUGGACUAGUCAGUGAAUGAACACAAUGAUGAUAAGCGAUUCCAUUUCACUUUUUUUUACAAUCAAAUGACUUGCACAUCGAUUACCACAAACUGGGACAUUAGGUAUUGGGUUUGACAAUAUUUCAUUAUGCUAUUGACUGUAUUACUACCUCCAUUUCAACAAUUCUGGAACUAUUGCCUGACAGAUCAUUCUUUUAAUCGAGCCCACUUAACCCAAAGUUGCACUGCACAGUGUUUUUUCCAAGAUAAUUUCCUGGAUACAAAAGCCAAGUUCGAAGUUAUGAAAAAGGCUUACUUUUUUUUCUCCAUCUUAUGUACGUAUUCAGAUGUAAGUAUAUGGCAACAUUCGUGUAGUUAGAAAGGGCAAGUCCAGUAAAUAAGUUAAAGGUUUGUUAUGAUGUUCAGUCAAGGCCAACAAAAUGGAAUAUUGCUUCAUCCA